AAUUAUAUAAACUCUGUAAUCAAACAACUAUCACUUUAGUAGUUCAAAACUAGCUAAACAAAUAUGGCUGAUAAAGUAGCUGUAGUGACUGGCUCCAAUAAAGGAAUAGGUUACGGCAUAGUUCGAGAAUUGUGCAAACGUGGAGUUGGACACGUUUAUCUAACUGCGAGAGACGUAAAAAGAGGUCAAGAAGCAGUCAAAAAUUUGAAUAAAGAAGGCUUUAACCCGCUUUUCCAUCAACUUGAAGUUACCGACAAGAACAGUGUGAAGGCAUUUGCAGCACACCUAAAACAAAAACACGGAGGCCUGGAUAUCCUUAUUAACAAUGCUGGACUCAUCACAUCCAAUUUGACAAAAACUACUUACGGAGAUUCCCUACAAGUAAUUAAUAUUAAUUAUUACAGCGUAUUAACUAUUCAAGAGUAUAUGUUUCCAAUUUUAAAGGAUAACGCUCGUGUCGUAAACAUAUCAAGUGAUUGCGGUCAUAUUUCCAAUCUAAAAAACCCUUACUGGAUCAAUCGUCUUACAAAGAAAGAUCUUAAACUUGAAGAUGUGAAUGCAUUUAUAGAAUGGUUUUUGGACUCCGUUAAGACAGGAACAAUGAACAGUGAAGACUUUGUCGAAACUUCAUUAUUGGCGUACAGAAUCUCCAAGAUUGCUCUUUGUGCUUUAACGAGAAUACAGCAAAAGGAAGUGGGUCGAGGUAUUUCUAUAAAUUCAUUACAUCCAGGAUUUGUCAAGACAAGUAUGACAAAGACCUUAACACCUAUAGAAAUUGGUUCCUUGACUAUAGAUGAAGCUAGUCAAACUCCGGUUUAUUUAGCUUUAGAUAUUGAUCAAUCAGUAAAAGGGAAGUACUUCUGGUUUGAUAAAACCGAAAAGGAGUGGACGGAUCCCAAUCUUAAGUCAUACUUUGUGAAUUCGAUAGUUGAGGAGAGUUUGAAAGAUGCAAAUAUCUAAUUUAAUACGUGUAUAAAAACGAUAAAACUAAAAAUGACCAUACGCCUGUAUUCAAUACCCUCUAUUCAAUAUCCUAUAUGUAUUACAACGCAUUAAAGAGGCAUCCUGAAUAAAAAAAACUCGUUUGUGCUUACAACUUGAUGUCUAGCGUCAUACUUAUUUUAUUAUUUAUUAUUAUACUAAUUUUAACAGAUUCAUGCAAAACGAUUUAACCAAAAAUUAGCCCCUUUACUAAUUUAGUUUAAUACCUAAAGCACAUAUUUGCCGCAAUAUUAAUCAAUAUAAGUGAAACUUCACCAAAUCGCGAAGCAACAGUGAAACGCCAGUCAUGAUGCAGACUCCAAAAGAGUUAUCUCAAGACAACAUCAAAGACUCAGUAAAAUUUUUGCGUUACAACAAUCUAAGGUUACAAAAGGCAGUUUUGCUUUUGUUUCGUAUAAAAGUCAAAGCGAUACUUCAACAGUACUUUUACAUUUUUGCAGUGGAGAUGUGUUAACAAGAAGGCUACUAGGUGUAAAUUUUUAACUAUUUUACUGACACUAUUUUUUUUUUUUAUAAAGAAUAUUAGCCAUGCUAAUCAUGACUAAUACUCCCCUUUCCCCUCCAAAUAAGCGUAAACCUUGUGUCUGGAGUGGGUACGACAAUAGUGCAACGGGUGAGGUUUGAACCGCCGACCUUUCGGAAUUCAGUCCGCUCCUCAACCGUUGAGCUAUCGAGGCUCAACUUUACUUAAGAAAAUGUAAUAUCAUGGUAAUAGGUACUUAUUAAAUUAUAUUACAGUUUCUU